CUUCACACUCUCGUCGGAAGAAAACCAGAAGCCAUUCCUCCGCCAUGAACGCAUUGUCCACACCUUGAUUGCAAUGUUCUGAAUUUCAAGUCUUCUACUUUUGAAGUUCAAUGGCGAUUAUAGCUUCACUCCCAGGUAUCAACCUCUUCUCUUCCCUCCCAUCGACGCCGCCCCCAAACGACCCGGCUUCAUCUUCUCCACCCACCUCACCACCCAUCCCCAUCCCCAAGUACCCUCUUCCUCGGAAACGGAAUUUGAAACCUAACCCUCUUCCGUCCAACUCUGCCCUCUCUCUCCCCCAUCGCCGAACCCACUACUACAAGCCUGUCAGAAAAGGAGUCGUAUCCUCAGAUGGUGAUCGCAGCGUCCUCAUCGGCGAAAACGGCGUGUCCUAUCAGCUCCCCGGCGCCCCCUUCGAGUUCCAGUUCAGCUACUCCGAGACUCCAAAGGCUGAGCCGCUAGCUAUUCGCGAGCCGGCUUUCUUGCCGUUCGCCCCACCCACGAUGCCGCGCCCCUGGACAGGGAAGGCUCCGUUGAAGAAGUCGAAGAAGAAGAUUCCCCUCUUCGAUUCGUUUAACCCGCCCCCUCCUGGCAAAAAGGGCGUCAAGUACGUGGAAAUGCCGGGACCACUGCCGUUUGGCAAGUACCCCAAGGAAGGGAAAACCCGGGAGGAGAUAUUGGGAGAGCCUUUGAAGAAAUGGGAGAUUAAGAUGCUUGUUAAGCCUCUCUUAGCUGACAAUCGGCAGGUUAAUCUCGGUAGGGAUGGAUUAACCCAUAAUAUGUUGGAUUUGAUUCAUACACAUUGGCAGAGACGUCGUGUUUGUAAAGUUAAAUGUAAAGGUGUUCCCACUGUUGAUAUGGAUAACGUCUGUCAUCAUCUCGAGGAAAAAACUGGAGGAAAGGUUAUUCAUCGAAUUGGUGGUGUUGUUUAUCUUUUUCGGGGCCGAAACUACAACUAUCGUACACGUCCACAAUACCCAUUGAUGCUCUGGAAACCAGCAGCUCCAGUCUAUCCAAAACUCAUCCAAGAAGCUCCAGAAGGAUUAACAAAAGAUGAAGCUGAUGAGUUACGACAGAAAGGAAAAUCUCUUCUGCCAAUUUGUAAAUUAGCAAAGAAUGGAGUUUAUGUUUCCCUUGUGCGAGAUGUUAGAGAUGCUUUUGAAGGAAGUCCUUUGGUUAAGAUUGACUGCAAAGGGAUGCAUGCUAGUGAUUACAAGAAGAUAGGUGCUAAGCUCAAGGAACUGGUUCCUUGUGUGUUAUUAUCGUUUGAUGAGGAACAGAUACUCAUGUGGAGGGGACAAGAUUGGAAAUCUAUGUAUGGAGAAACUCCUUCAACUUCACUUCCCACUAAAGUUGGCAUUUUAAGUGGCUUAGAAGUUUCAGCCAAGGACCAUGAUGAUAACCAAAAGACUAUGUUAUCAAGCCCCAAAAUGACAUCUCUAUGGAAGCGAGCAAUCGAGUUAAACAAAGCAUUGUUGUUGGAUGAGAUCAAUCUUGGUCCUGAUGCCCUUUUAGAGAAGGUUGAAGAAUUUGAAGGCUUUUCUCUGGCCACAGAGCACUCCUCCCCAGCAGUAAUCCUAUCUGGUGAUGAAGCUGGCUCCAGCAUCUCAACAGCAGAGUUCCAAGAUGAUCCUGAUGGUGGGAACUACAGUGAAAAUGACCCCUAUGGUGAUGAUUAUGUCGAUAAUGAUGUUUUUUACGACAGUGAAGAUGCAGUCUCAUCCGUCCCUCUAGGAUCACUCCCUGUUGACAGAAUAGCAGAAAGGUUCCGUCAGGAAUUGAGAUGAAAGAACUGGUAAAUAGUUUUUACAAUCAUGUUAUACUACUUUGUACACUCACUCAACUUGUUGCCCAGAAAGCAAUGAAAUGUAAGAAUUCACUGUUUAGUUGAAUCUUGUAAAAUUUUUUUUUUUCUUUUCAUGAAAUAAGUUUGAUUUAAUCAU